AUGAGCUGGAUCUCGAGCUUCGACCCUUCCUCGUCCACCUCCCUCCCUCCCGCAGCCGCAGCGGCAUCACAGCGCCAGACUUCCGCGCCAUCACAUGGUAUACAAUCGAGCUUCGGCAGGGCAAGACCUCAACCCUACCAGAGACCCGGCCCCUACUCCUUUCGUCCGCCGAAGGCCCGCGCCGCUCCGCCUGCAGCAUCCCUCCGGUCCGAAGACUCCCAGCCCAACGAGGGCACGCGCAGGAGCAGGCCGUGGGAGCUCGACGCGCCGCCCACCAUCGGCGCAUCGAGAUCCAAGAUACAGCCACGACAAGGCCAGCCCUCGUCUCUGGGCAGGUCGGCAGCUUCCGCACCGAGGCCAGGACCAUCGUCCUCGUCCUCGUCCUCAUCCUCGGCGCCACCAAGAGCACAGCCUGCCGCCAGCAGCUCGUCUUCGAUCUCGAGGAAGCGUCCUCUCCCAGAAGAAGUCCGCGGCCCUCACUGCGACUUCAAAAAGGGCAAGACUCCCGAUGUCGGCAAGCCCGCCAAGACGCAUGCAGAGCGAGGGCCCAAGAAGCUGACUGAAGAGGAGGCGCAAGCGUUAAAAAAGGCCAAGAAUGCGGCCAGGAAAGAGCGGAAACGGGCCAAGAGAGAUGCCGCAAUCGCAUCGGCAAGAGCCUCCGCUGCAGCCACCUCGUCGGAACCACCUGCCGCGACUACAGCGGUAGCGAGCGCAGCCGCGAGCGCAGCCACCUCCUCGGCACCAUCUGCCGCUACCACACCGGUGGCGAGCGCAGCCAUGGUGCGAUCACCACAGCGUCCCGCAGAAUCGACGGGCCAGACUUCCCGAAACGAGCGAUUCAGCAACGCCGCUCCAGUGACCUUGGACGAGAUCGAAAAGCACCACGAACACUGGGACCAGGAGAAGAACGACUUUGUCCUGUCCAGGCUGCGGAAGUUGCAGCUCGAACUGGGCCUUUCCCAGCGUAAGGCGAUCAUCAAGCAUGCCCGCAGAGACCUGCUCGCCUGGCAUAUCGAGCACAAGAAGGCGAAGAAGAGAGAGAGCGAAUCCCAGGCAAGGGCGAGCACCAGCGGCAACAGCGGCAACAACGUGGCUGCCGUCGGGUCGCAGGUUCAUCGUGCGCUCGGUAGGGCCGACAGCAGAGCUAGCAACGGCGCUGCCGCAGCUACGCGCACAGCCCCAACCACGCACGCACCAGCCAAGCCGACGAUUCCGCGGCCGGUUGGAAGCGCCAGUGGGGAGCGCCAACACCAAGCGGCCCCUAAUCCUCGGACGCCGACUGCACCUGCUUCAUCCGUUCGGGAGCCUGUCCGUGAAGCGCCAAGCGAAGCCCAAAAGCAGGCUGCACCCGCCGCACCAGCCGCUGGCAGCGCUUCCAGGUCGAGCCAGGUGGCGGUUCCGCGCACGGGGACCAGCGCUGCGUCGACCUCGACAUCGACGGAGCCGGUGCUCCCUCAGUCUCCUUCUCGGCCUACCGCCUCCUUAUCAGCUUCGGACCAGCUCACGACAGUGGUGACUCCUGCUCGAGCAUCUGCAAGUGCGUCGAUUGUCCCUGUUGUCAAGCAGGAGCCUGAAGCGGCUGGGGACGAGACAAUCGAGACGCCGCCCACACGCCCCACCCAGCGAAGCACCGUCGGUGCCACCCUCGGCUCCCUGUUGGCGGUCGGACCAGACCGCGCUGCGAUCAAGCGGGCAGAGAAGGCUGCGCUUCAGCAGGAUCGGCGCAACGGCGAUGCAUCAGAGGCCACCCGCCGGUCGGUCGAAGCUGCGUCAAACCCUCCGGUCGACCCGGCGCCGCGACUCAAGCUGGAGCCCUUGGCUCUCUUCGGCUCCGGGCUCCCGUCGCAGGGGCUGUCCAGCCCGGCAGAAGCGGAAAGGCUUUCGCAGCCGUCGGCCUCCGUUGGGAGUGCCCCAACGGCCCAGCGGCCGACGCCAUCGACCGACGCAGCAGAGAAUGCGGUCGCAGCGGCGGUCGAGCAGCCCUCGUCCCAGCCUCCGACCGCACUCAACGCCGCGGUCAAUACUGCCGACGGCGACGACGACGACGAUGACGACGACAGGCCACUUAUGCUUCAGUCGCGAGCCAUCGAUUUCACCGAGGAUAGCGACGAGGACGUGCCGCUGUGGCAGAUGCGCGGCCGUUCCGGGUCGAGCGUGCCAUUGUGGCAGGCACGAGCCUCGCCCAGCUUUGCAGAGACCAAAGCGCUGGCAACGGCACCGGAUGAGAAAGCAUCCGCCUUAUCGGAGGCGCCGUCUACCUCUACCUCGGCCACGGCAUCGACCAAUGGCGGUGGCGCAGCUGCCUCUGUUUCAGUCAGCCUGGCGGGUAUAUCGCCGCUUUUGCCGGUGCCAAGCAGGUCUCGCCUUUCAAUCGGCUUCCUCGCGCCCAUCGCCAGCAGGGACUUUGCUCCGUCCGCAGACAGCAACCCGCGCAUGCGCAAGGCCGCGUUCGACACGACCGUCGCCGUCUCGAGGGCGGGGACGCUGGCGUGCCUCGGCAACUCGACGCUGCCGGCGAUCAAGACGGAGGCCAAGUUGUAUCCGGCGCCCAAACCCGGCCUCGAGUUCCGCAGCACGCUGAGCGAGGCCAAGGACCAGAUCGACGUGGUCCAAGACGUGCGCCGGCUGACGUCCAAGGUGGUCGGCAUCGCCUCGUCGACGACGCGGGUGCUGGGCAUCGGCCCGCAGCCGCAGCCGCACCAGGUCAGCCUGCUCACGGUCGACGACGGCGGACGGCGCCCGCGCAUCUACCACCUCGACGCGCGGCCGCACCCGCAGGGCGCCUUUGCCAUCUCGUCGUUCCCCAACACGGCCCGCGACGACCCGACGUCGAUCAACUUUGCCACGGGCGGCAGCGACGGCGUGGUCAACCACUGGCGCUGGUCGUCGCGCGGCGGGUGCGAGGUCGAGCGCCUGCACACGAUCCACGGCAACGUGGCCGUCACGGCGCUCGAGCACCUGGCGGUGCGGCACAACCUGCUGGUCUCGGCGUCGCAGGGGCGCGUAGUCGGGUUCGACAUCUCGCAGCUCAACCUCGGCUUCACGUGGCCGACGUCGGAGCGCAUCGUGCACCUGCAGCGCACGCCGCACCCGGACCUGAUCCUGUCGACGUGUGCGCGGCGCGACUACGACCAGUUUCGGCUGUACGACGUGACGGGUCGCAACGGCCCCGUCAGCCGGUCGGUCAUCUCGUUUGGGUGGCUCAACAACACCGAGGGCCGUACCCCGCUCGGCCGCGGCUGCUUCCACCCGACGCGGCGGAGCAUUUUUGCCUAUGGCAGCGAGGACGGCGCUGUGCGCGUGUGGGACAUGCGCAAGGCGCGCGACCCGCUCCUGGUCCAGCAGGUCGGCGACGAGCCCAUCUGCGACGUCGUCUGGAAGGGCGACGGUGGCGGCGAGGGGGCAGCGGUUGAGGACGUCAUCUUUGCGGGCACGCCUAGGGGCAUCAGGACGGUCGAGCUGGGCAUCGAAAGGCGCUGA